GCUGAGUAGCCAUUUUGGUCCCACCUAAAAGAGACGGACCUGCUCCAGUUUGGGCCGCCGGAGAUGGAAGAAACCGAACCGACGGCGAGUAUCUCACACAGAAAGCUCUUUUGAAACCCUUGUGGAUACACGUUUGGGUCGCUUUUCACGCCAUGGCCCGUUGUUAAACUGACGGCAGUUGAAAAUAAACCUGUGCUGUUUUUUUUUUUGGAAGUGACGACCGACAUUGCCUAGUUAAGUUAGCUUCACUAACUCAAAACCACUCAGGCCGUGCUCUGUCGGACUUCAACUCAGGACCCAUGUACGAGCCAUGCAAAUUUACGGUAUAAGGUCAUUCACGUCUCGGCAUUGGUGAGUUUUUUUUUUCUGGGGCUCUGGUACGUCCGGAUUGAAGAGUGUCACGAUCCAUGCCGAGACCGUUUCCUCUGAGAAAGCUGCAAAGCCACAACUUCAUUGUUGGACUGCCAGAUUGAUAUCGGCCGGUUCGUUUGGAACACUUUGGGGUGACUGAAUCCAGAGGAAACCUUACAAUGUCAACAAAAAACCAUUUGCCCACUGUCAACGAGAAGACGACAGAAAGUCACACGUCUCACAGCAAUGGCCGGCAGGAGAUCAGCACGCGGUCAUCGCGCUCUGGCGUCCGCACCCGCAGCUCAGAAGAACCACAGCAGCCGCACGUCGGUAACUACCGGCUGCUCAAAACCAUCGGCAAGGGAAACUUCGCCAAGGUCAAACUGGCAAGGCAUAUCCUCACUGGCAGAGAGGUGGCAAUUAAGAUAAUAGACAAGACGCAGCUGAACCCAAACAGCCUUCAGAAGCUCUUCAGAGAAGUAAGAAUAAUGAAGAUCCUGAACCAUCCAAAUAUAGUCAAGCUCUUUGAAGUGAUCGAGACGGAGAGGACACUCUACCUGGUGAUGGAGUACGCCAGCGGGGGAGAGGUCUUCGACUACCUGGUUGCACAUGGAAGAAUGAAGGAAAAAGAGGCCAGAGCUAAAUUUAGACAGAUUGUAUCAGCAGUGCAGUACUGCCAUCAGAAGCACAUUGUUCACAGAGACCUCAAGGCGGAGAACCUGCUCCUUGAUGCGGACAUGAACAUAAAAAUAGCUGAUUUCGGCUUCAGUAACGAGUUUACGCUGGGUAACAAGUUGGACACGUUUUGCGGGUCACCUCCCUACGCAGCGCCGGAACUCUUCCAAGGGAAGAAAUAUGAUGGCCCUGAGGUAGACGUCUGGAGCCUGGGGGUCAUCCUGUACACGCUGGUCAGUGGGUCGCUGCCCUUUGAUGGACAGAACCUCAAGGAGCUGCGAGAGCGAGUGCUGAGAGGAAAAUACCGCAUCCCAUUCUACAUGUCCACAGACUGCGAGAACCUCCUGAAACGCUUCCUGGUGCUCAACCCUUCCAAGCGGGGUACUCUCGAGGUGAGGGAGGAAGCAGAAAAUCAAAUCAUGAAGGACAGAUGGAUCAACGCAGGAUUUGAAGAAGAUGAGCUCAAGCCUUAUGUUGAACCGGAGAUGGACAUUACUGAUCAGAAGAGAAUAGACGUGAUGGUGGGAAUGGGCUACAACCUGGAUGAGAUCCAGGAGUCUCUGGCCAAGAUGAAGUACGAUGAGAUCACAGCCACCUACCUGCUUCUGGGCCGAAAGGCUUCCGAGUUGGAGCCUGGUGACUCGGCCUCAAGCAGCAAUGCAUCGCUGGCCAAACCGAGACCGAACAGUGAGCUGAACGGUCAGUCGCCCUCCCAUCCUAAAGUUCAGCGGAGUGUGUCCUCCAACAACAAACCAAGACGUUAUAGUGAACAAGUAGGUCAGAAUGCUCCAUCGGGUCAUCCAAAGAGAAGUCAAACCACCACAGCAGACAACAAUGUAAAGGAGGAAGGUGGUGUCCAACUCCGCAAGCCCAGCACCCCAGGCAGCCGCGGCGGCGCUCCCUCUAGCCCUCUUCUGGGCAACGCCAACAACCCCAACAAGGCAGACAUCCCUGACCGCAGAAAAGGCGCCACAACUGGCCAAAGUAAUAACACUGCAUCAGCUGGAAUGACCCGGAGGAACACAUAUGUUUGCAGUGAUCGGAACAAUACAGACCGUCUCUCCGUCAUUCCCAACGGGAAGGAGAACAGCAUGACCGAGAUGGCUUGUGCCACUAGCCCCUCCUCCUCUGCCUUUGUCAGCCCGAGGUUCGGUGCCUCGUCCAGUUCGGUGAGGCUGAGGUAUCAAACGGCCAGCCCUUUGUUCGCUGGCCAGGCGGGGUGGGCCACGCUGCCCCACUCCUACUACGCUCUGGACUACUGCACGCCCAACAGUAUCGCCGUGUCGCCCAGUGGCCAGAGGAACCCGGUGGCGUCCACCCACAGCAUCUCCAACACCACCACCCCCGACAGACUACGCUUCCCACGCGGCACCGCCAGCCGCAGCACCUUCCACGGCGGUCAGCUGAGGGACCGGCGCACCGCCACGUACAACGGCCCGCCGGCCUCGCCCACCCUCUCCCACGACGCCACGCCCCUGUCACAAACCCGCAGUCGAGGAACCAGCAACCUUUUCUCCAAACUGACCUCCAAACUGACCCGCAGAAACAUGUCAUUCAGGUUUGCCAAAAGAGUCUCAACCGAGUUUGAGAGAAACGGGAGACUUGAGGGCUCAAGUCGCCAUGUACCUGGGGAUCAGAAAGGGGAAAAUAAAGACGGUAAACCCCGCUCCCUCCGAUUCACUUGGAGUAUGAGGACCACCAGCUCCAUGGAGCCUUGUGACAUCAUGAGGGAGAUUCGCAAGGUGCUCGACGCCAACAACUGCGACUACGAACAACAAGAGAGUUUCCUGCUCCUUUGCGUCCACGGAGACGGCCGGGCCGAGAACAUGGUCCAGUGGGAGAUGGAGGUCUGCAAGUUGCCCCGACUCUCCCUCAACGGUGUCCGCUUCAAGAGGAUAUCUGGAUCAUCUAUCGCUUUCAAAAACAUUGCUUCCAAAGUUGCCAACGAGUUAAAGCUAUGAACAAACUGGUUCAAAAGUACACGUACAUAUAUAUAAAUAUCUAGAAGUAUUUAAGCUGUACAAUCAUCCAAGUAGCAGUUUCCAAAUGUCUCCUUUUUUUAAAAACAAAAUACAGAUGACGUAUUGAAUAUUCUAAUGUAUAGGCUUUUGGCAAUAAUCACUGAAUUACCUACUAAUAUUUGUCACUUCUGGCCACACGGGGGCGACAUUAACCAGUUAAAUAUAAUUUGUCAUGCUGUGAAUGUGGACAAAAAUAAGAAAAAAAAAAACCAUUUCUAGUCUUAUUUAUUUCAUCUUUUUUUCUCUCCUGAAAAGAAACCACGUAGCGUUUUUAUUUUCAGUGUAAAUAAUUUAUCUCACCUCAAAAUGGCUUCACUGCAAUACCUUUUUUUUUCUUUUUUUUUUUUUGUAUUUUGUUAAGACGUAGAGAUGACGAGGAGUCUGUGUAAUUGCCCACAUGGUUGAAGGGUCACAUGCCUCAAUUAAAGUCUGUCAACUAG